AAUUUAAAACGACAUGAACCCAUGCACGUUUAGUAAUUAUAAAACAGGAUUCAGAGUUUUCCAACAAGUACAUAAUGAUGAUGUUGAGAUUUUGAAGCAAGCUGAUGUAAACUACUUCACAUGUGGGCUGACAGCUCCACGUAGUAUUAAGAAAUCAAGUUAUAACUAUGGUUGGAUAAUUUGUUUUGAAUUGACACUUCCCAUGGAUGACUAAUUUUGAUCCACGAAGCCUCCAGACUGUUUCCAUUGGUGGCCUGCAACUUCGACCAAUACUCGAUAUCGCUGCUACGGACAACGUCAAAUGGGGCGUGUUGGACUCAAUCGUAUAAUCUCGGUUUUCCUAGUGGUAGGGUUGAUGGUGGUGCCGAACAAUGCCGCUAAAGAACUCUGUUAUUCUCCCGGUGGAGUUGCCGGAAUCGUGAUAGCCACUUUUAUAGUCACAAUGAUACUUUGUGGUCUUGUUUUGGUUGCAGCGUGGUAUUUGUGGAAACGUAAAAAAGUUGGUGGUCUCAACACUCAACAUCUUGGCACACAAGCGACAAAACCAGGUGGAGCCAGUAAAUACGCCUUUGACAACCCAUAUUUUGGUCAAGACGAUGUCGAAGGAUCGACACGUGGGACUGUGCAAGACCAGACAUCAACGGGGUUAGUGUCCGACAGAGGCCACAAUACCAAGGAUAGCCUUGUGUUGAAGAGAAGAAUAUCCAAGUCAAACCAGUUUCCCGGCAUUCCUUUACAACCAAGAGCUGUUGACGAUACUUGUGUUGGCCUGGAGCUCGAGCGAAUUCUUGUGCCAUUGCGAGGGUAUGACUUCACGGGCCUAGGUUUUAAUAUCUGUGGGAACAUGAGAGACGGAAUUUUUGUAAAAGAUGUUCUCAACAGAGGGCCUGCAAACGAAUCUGGAAAAAUCAAAGCAGGUGAUCGAAUCUUGAAGGUCAUAGUAUCCUUCUCCAGCAUAGUAUACGAAGAUGCUUUAACGAUCUUAAGUUACGCUUCUCCUUAUGAUGUACAGCUGGAGAUCGAGAAAACUUCUGAGGGAACCCAGCCUAUAGCUGGAGCUGGUAGACGACUCACAUCAUCUAGCUUUAACAGUGGAGGACAGAUACUUUUCCAUCCUUUGUACCGUAGUCAAUCUAUUGAUGAUCUCACUCAAAUCGGAAAGGAUUCCGUUUUAAGCCAUCCAACUGGACAAUUGACAAUGAGAAAUAAUUCUAAGUUUAUAUGCAGAGCUAGGGACUUUCUGGAACAAGAAAAAGAAAGUUCGCUUACUAUUCCAACGGGUUCUUUGAAUGAAAGAAUGUUGACAAACGCAACAGGAAAAGACGACAACCUUCCAAAACAACUGUCCACAAGAUCUUACCAAAGAAGCAAGAGAAGUUUAUUUUUAAAUGAAGAGGGCAUUGACCCCACCAGAAGGUCUCUUCGGAUGUCUCAAUCUGAACUUAGAAAACAAGAAAGUACAGUCGACCUUGCUAAAACAAAGUCUAGUUUGUCGUCAGAAAGUAAAAUGUCGUUAAGCUCAGCUUCCAUUUCUGCCAAUGACAACCUGCCAGAUCAUGAUAAAAAUCGACAACAAUAUAUUACUAAUAAGAUUAGGUCUGACGAAUCUGACAUACUUCGUAAUCGGAAAGUUCAAACCACUGCUCACGUUCAUCAGAUCAUGACUCAAAGUCGAAAUCAACCAGAAAAUUCGUAUUCCGAUGAUCAAAUAUCCACAACUAAUAAAGUUGGAAGUGUAUGUUUUAAAGGCAGUGCUUUACAAAGCACUGACCAGCAUUCAGAUGUUUAUUCGUCUUUAACAGCUGACAACUCUGAAAUGUCCUCGAAAAAUUAUUUGGAAACUGCAGAUAAACAAUUAUAUUUCAAGUCUUCAUCUCUGGGAGAUUUGACCGAAAUUAAAAAACCACUAAGUCAGCCACCUAUUGUUUUUGAACGUGCCAUAUCAUUAGACCUUAAUCAAGAGGAGUUAACUAAUAGCGAUCUUCAGCAUCAAACAAAAAUGUUGGAAAAUUGCAUUUUGAUCCCAUCGGAAUAUGAAAACAAUGUCAAUCCGGAAAGCUCAUUAUGCACAGACUUUUCACAACGCUUGUCAACAUUAGAUUGUACCGACAAGACAAUGGGAAGUAGUUACAUGCAAUGUCCUUCCGUUAGUGAAACAACGGAACAAACACAUUUUAUCCAAACGGUCUCCAUUCUGUCAAAACAUCAGUCAUUGUGCAAAUCACCCGAAUUUCAAGAAAACUUCGUAGAUCGAACCUGCCAGGAAAACAAAGAAUCAAAUAAUGUAACGAAUACAAAGAUGCCACGUACAGUCGUAGAUGCAACCAGAUCCACAUUUAUAUCUUCUAGUUUUAAAGACGGGCACGAGUAUAUAAUGUCUGGUGUCAUCUCAAAUAAUACCGCUAAAGAGUCAACUAUGGAAAAAGGACAUUCAUAUGACGAUGAGCUGCUUUUGAAUCCAACUCAAUUCAAUCAUUCUAGCGAUAAAAAAGAUGAAAUCUCGAGAGUUUUACAACCAAAACUUGUACAGCAAUCAGAACACGGAGGAAAGAUAUGGGAACCACUUCUGCUUGAUUCUCCUGUCCUUCCGCCUUUAGGUCAAGACACAUCAGUCUCACCCAGAGUACCUUCUCCAGCUCCCUUCACACAAGAGAAAGAAGUGAUUGAAAUCAGUAAAGAUGAGCUUGAUAGUGUUAUGAUUUCUCAUCGAGAGUUCCUGUUGAAACAGGUGAAGAAAACAGGGUUGUGUAGUAACUUGAACUGGAAACCAACACAUGAAACAACCAAAGACAUUGAAUUCGAGCCUUGGAUUGUGACUGACAUAAAUCAUAAUUACAACGAAAGAACAACCGAGAAUUCUGAAAAUUCAAAGAUACGACAAAAAAAACUCUGAUGACAGUGUUAGCUCCGAAGCCUCAGGUUACAUGGUGAAAUCAGAAGAUAGAAAAAACAAAGCUUUCGUUAUAUCUGCGUCAUCAUCGUCCACAAACGGUCCAGGAAAAAGUCCAGCUCAACGUUUAGAUUCUCCUCCGCCUCGGCUCAAACUUCCAUUUUGACUGGAGAUCGAGAUCUUAAAUGAGUCAUUCGCUGUACUAGUUUUUCAAUGUUAAGGAACACAAGAUUGAAGCAAAAGUUUCUUACUGCUAUGUUUUUCGUUUUGUAAUGCUUGCAACAUUUGAUGAGCUUUAGCAUAUAAUUGGAAUUGGGGAACAUUUUUAUAAGAUAUUAAAAAGUAUUUUCUUGUACAAGAAUGUUACACGAAUAAGGUGAUCACAUUAAUCGAUAUCCGCGAUUAAAAUAGAAUGUCAAGAAUACUUUCUCGAUAAGCCGUGCUGUGUGUGUUAAAGAUCCCAAAGCACGUUUUGUUACAACCUGGUUAAAUAUCCUAAAACACGUUUUUUACAUCCUGAAAACACCCUCCUUCAUAGAUAGUGUAUAUUUUCGGUGUUUUGGACAUCGCCAUAUUACUUUCAGUGGUAACUAUACGACUGGUAGGUAAAGUAAGUCUGCAGCAGUAUACAUAACCAAAGGUAAAGUAAUUCUACAGCAGUAUUAAUAACCACCUUUUUUUUUGUUCCGAUAUUACAGUGGUAGUAACUUGUAAUUGAGAUAUAAAGUUGAGACCUCAAUUUGGCUUAAAUUCUGUUAAGUUGCAUAUGACAGACUGUAAUACUUCAGUAUCAUCAGUUUUCAGAAUGUAAAAGAAAAACUGAUUUGCUGUCAUCUCGCGAUUUUGAACAAAUAAAAACCGCUUGUUUAAACCAAAUAUAUAACUGAUACUUGUAACCGUCGUUACUUGGUGAAACUCCAUAAUUACAGAAUUGAGGAAACAUAAGACAAGUGUACGUUUCAUAAAUACAUGAUUUAUUACGACCAUAAAUGAUGUACCUGAUGAUGCCUUUACUGGCGAAACUAUGGUCGUAAUAAUUGAUGUAUUAGGGAAACGUACAAGUGUCUUGUUUUUCCUCAAUUCUGCAAAUAUAUAUAUUAACUUUUAAGUGUCGACCGCUAAUCUGUUAACCAUGUCGAUUCUUCGU